ACCCCCCACGGCUGGACAACUCCUGAAUCGAAAUAGUCUGGACUGCCAGACCUUGUGUAAGAAGUAGGAGAGCCACAACGCCACCCAACGAGUUUUACACACCCCGUGUGGAGACGCUGUUUUCGUCCGGCAUCUCAUUGUGAUGAGCAGCACUGCAUGGCCAGUCCUCCCAGCUGAUGCCGUUAUCCGAGCGUCGAGACGGCCGCGCCAUCUCGCAGCGAAGCACAGGACGGAGUUAGUGGCAGAGUUUUUCCUGUUUACAUUGCCCUGCAUCUACCUCUCACCAGCAUGGACGAAAAGGGGAAAUCGGCCGCGGGGGAGAGCAUCAGCCUUAGCGUGCUGAACUGGGAGCAAGUGCAGCGCCUGGACGCGAUCCUGACCGGCUCCAUCCCCAUCCACGGCCGCUGGAACUUCCCCACGCUGGAGGUGAAGCCGCGCGACAUCGUCAAGGUGGUCCGGUGUCGGAUGGAGGAGAAGCGGAUCCACGUCCGGGAGGUGCGGCUGAACGGCUCGGCGGCCAGCCACGUCCUGCACGAGGACAGCGGCCUGGGCUGGAAGGAUCUGGACUUGAUAUUCUGCGCUGAACUGAAAGGGGAGAUGGAGUUUCAGAUGGUGAAGGAUAUAGUCCUGGCCUCGCUUCUGGACUUCUUACCCGAAGGGGUGAACAAAGAAAAGAUCACGCCAGUGACCUUAAAGGAGGCAUAUGUGCAAAAGAUGGUGAAGGUGUGCAAUGACUCAGAUCGCUGGAGCCUCAUCUCGCUCUCCAAUAACCGUGGAAAAAACGUGGAGCUCAAGUUUGUUGACUCUCUCCGGCGCCAGUUUGAGUUCAGUGUGGACUCCUUCCAGAUCCGCCUGGACUCUCUUCUGCUCUUCUACGAGUGCUCAGAGCACCCCAUGGCUGCCACUUUCCACCCCACCAUACUCGGCGAGAGCGUCUAUGGGGAUUUCCCAGCCGCCCUCGACCACCUGCGCAAGCGCCUCAUCUGCACGAGGAGUCCCGAAGAGAUCCGGGGUGGAGGUCUGCUGAAGUACUGCCAUCUGCUGGUGCGGGGUUUCCGCGCGGCCUCCGACUCAGAGAUGAAACUGCUGCAGCGCUACAUGUGCUCGCGCUUCUUCAUCGACUUCCCUGAGGUGGGCGAGCAGCGGCGGAAGCUGGAGUCCUACCUGCAGAACCACUUUGUGGGCCUGGAGGACAGAAAGUAUGACUAUCUGGCCACGCUCCACAAUGUAGUCCAGGAGAGCACUGUAUGCCUGAUGGGCCACGAGAGGCGGCAGACUCUGAGCCUCAUCUCCGCGCUAGCAUUACGGGUCCUGGCUGAGCAAAACGCCAUCCCCAAUGCCGCCAAUGUCACUUGCUUCUACCAGCCGGCCCCUUAUGUCUCUGAUGGCAACUUCAGCAACUACUUUGUGGCACAGGUCCAACCCAUCUACUCCUGCCCCCCAUCACCUCCCCAGCAUUACCCACCUCCCCCACCCCACCCCAUGUAUGCCACCUGGUUGCCCUGUAACUAAAGGUGCAUCGGUGCACACCCCUACUCGUAUUCACACUCACCGAGUCAUUCUUUUUUUUUGUUCUUUUUUCGCCCGGUUGCCGUUUUUGUGCAAUUCGCAAAAUUGUUAUCCACGAAAACCCCUGAUGAUGGGUAACGGUGAGCGCUCCCCUUCUCCAUUGAAAUGGAAAUUUGAGGAGAAAAGGCAAAAGAAGAAAAUUGAGAAGUGGAAAACCUGGAGACAAAUGGUGGAAAAAGGGGAACGGCAGGGAAGAGAGGACAAGGCACUUGGAUUUGGGCAUAGUGCAGGUGUGAAAAGCUUUUCUCCAGGGGAGACAGCCGGGGGGAGGCGCAGGAGGAGAGGAGGUCAGAGGGAGAGGAGCCAGAGAACGACACUGAUCCUGAGAGGAUGCUCUGAGGUCAACUCGGCUGUCCUUUCCAACGCUGAUUUGACUUGAGCCGACUGGACGCUUGGUCACUCCAUACAUUCAAGUCACGUUUUUUGAAACAUGACACAACACAUUUUGGACAGCCAUGCUCAAAAGGAUAAACCUUUACCUGCACCCUGUUAACUUUACAAAGACGCAUUCAAAGACACACACACCACACAACACACACACACACACACACACACACACACACACACACACACACACACACACACACACACACAAACGAAUGCAGUAAAGGAUUGCAGAGUACUUUUAUGAAGACAUUAAGACCUUCUAACCAUUCCAUGUGCACCAGUAGAAAAGGAGAUGUGAGACACUCUUAACACCAACAAUGCAAAAAAUGAGGAACUGGACACUGUUUA